AAUCAGAUCAUGCAAGGGAAAGGGCUGCAAGGGUGAAACCCGUUUGACAGCUACGCGUUGUAUGUUGACGUGUUGAUUUGUGGGUGGGUCGAAAGGGGUGACUUUCUCAGCUGAAAAAACAGAACGUCGUGAACAAUUGCACGUACUUCACAGUUUCAAGUGGAAUUCGGGACCGGAAUGUAUCUUAGUUGUUUGUGCAAUCGCAUCGAAAGUUACAACAUUCACCAGAAACAAAGUUAUCCCGCGUUCAUUACAUUGACCGAAACGUGUGACCCAUCAACUAGACGAAACUGUGUCUGGAUAGCUGCAAAACGAUCGCCUAACGUGAACCGCGUCUUGUUUAUCAUUGGCCGCAUAUUUCCGGCCCUUAUUUACUACAACUAAAAGCCAAAACAAUCAACAAACAGUCUAGUUUGUUGCAAAAGUCUGUCCGUUCAUACCGUAAACAUUAACCCGUUGCAGCUGUGGAGCCGGAGAGUUGGACACACGGGGCACAAAAUAGUGUAAAAAAAAAACAAACCAUCCAAACGUAACAAGUAGCAACGAAAUCAGUGUCAAUGGCACUGUGGCGAAGACUUUCCGUCGGCCGGGAGACUCGGUUACAGCUACAGUGGAUCGUCAUUUGUUUCGGUGUGUUGCUUAGCUUUGCCAACAAUUCUAGUGGAUAUUUCUAUAGCGAUAGUAGUGCCGAAGCAAGUAAUGAUCGGUUUUGUUUCUGCCAGCUACAGGGGACGAUCGAUGAUUGUAGCUGCAGUGUGGAUACGGUGGACUAUUACAACAAUGUAAAAAUCUACCCUCGUUUGAAAAGCUUGCUGGUAAAAGAUUUCUUUCGCUACUACAAGGUGCACCUGAACAAAGAGUGCCCGUUCUGGGUCGACGACAGCAAAUGUGCGAUGCGGUUUUGCCAUGUGGAACAUUGCGAGGAGAAAGAUAUCCCACCGGGCCUGAAGGGUGACGCGUCGUCUUAUCAUAAGUACAUUAAAGAGGUGCAAACUUUGACGAACUGCAACGAAGACUUGGACGUGGAACUGGGCUACCUCAACACAAGCAUCAGUGAUAAAGCACACAAAGAGUUCCAGAUAUGGGCGGACUAUGACGAAGCUCAAGAUAAUUUCUGCAUCCUGGACGAUCACGAACCUGGCGCAGAGUACGUGGAUCUAUUGCUGAACCCGGAACGCUAUACUGGAUACCGGGGUGAAUCAGCGCGCCGCAUCUGGAGCAGCAUCUAUCUGGAAAAUUGUUUCCAAGCACAUUCUGUGAAGAAGAAAAAUGCUUAUUCCGCGAUGAUUCCCUACCAGGAUAUGGCCCGCAAUGAAGUUUGUCUGGAGCAUCGUGUAUUUUAUCGUAUGAUUUCGGGGCUACACUCCAGCAUCAACAUUCAUCUCUGUGCCAACUAUCUGCUAUCGGAAAAGAGUUCAUUUGGGUUCGUCGCACCGGCCGGUGUGUGGGGACCGAACAUGGAAGAGUUCGAACGACGCUUCAGUCCGCACAUGACCGACAAUGAAGGGUCUCACUGGUUGAGAAAUCUGUACUUUGCCUACCUUGUGGAAAUGCGCGCAUUAGCCAAGGCUGCGCCGUACUUAAGAAAUGAGGAAUAUUUCACCGGUCUCGAGCGGGAUGAUCGCGAGGUGAAAACGGCAGUCAAAGAUCUGCUAACGGUAAUUGAAGGUUUUCCGGCACAUUUCAACGAAACUGCCAUGUUUAGCGGUGGCACAUCGGCGAUUAAGCUAAAGCACGAAUUUCGGGAAAAGUUUAUGAACAUUUCCAAAAUUAUGGACUGCGUCGGGUGCGAUAAAUGCCGGCUGUGGGGAAAGCUGCAGGUGCAGGGCAUGGGAACGGCGCUAAAAAUUCUUUUCUCCGGAAAGUUUGACGACAAGAUUGAUACCGGGCUCGGUACAAAGCUGAAGCAACAGACGCCAUCGUUGAGGCUGAAGCGCGGUGAAAUAGUGGCAUUAUUUAACGCGUUUGGAAGACUUUCGACAAGCAUACACGAAUUGGAAGAGUUCCGGCAACGAAUGCGAUGAGCGUGUAGUGUAAGACGUUUUAUCCCAGCAAAAGACUAAUCACCCGGUACCCGGUGCAACAACCAUGUGAUGAAACUCGACUUUUAAUCCCAAUCUAAUUCAGUGAUUUCCGGCUUUGUUCGUUUAUGAUAAAGCUUUGGAUACGUACUUGUUAAAAGUUGGCAGCGUCAAUUCAUUGUUUUGUUUCGUUUUAAAUGUGUGGUUGGUGUGUUUUUUGUUUGUUUGUUUAAUGAACUAACUGUACUCGACAGAUGUACGAGAGUACAGUAUGUGUACUGAUCUUGAAGAUCAUCAUGAUAUUUACCACGUGUGUAGCGCAGUGUACUGCCGACAAAUCAUCGAACGAGAUUGUACAGUUGUUCUAGAUAUGUAUACAUGCACAGCAGCAGACGGUGCAACAUUACGGACGGUCCGUACGUUUCCUACUAACUUAUACCACUAUAGUUGAUGUGCGUGCCCCAAAAAGCAAAUGGAUGUAUGUAAAUUAUCGAUGUACAAUCAUAUUUAUCAGUUUUUGUAAAUAUAUUAGAGAAAAGCUAGUGUUGGGGCUAACGAACGAAA